AAUUUCUUAUCUCCCUAACAUUAAAGAGUUACACAAACAAAUCAACGAUGACGAUGCGUGUAGAAGGGGAAUACUAUCACACUUGAAUGCAUGAUGUUGGUUUAACCAAUUUAAUAGAAUGGACUACGGAGUUGUUUUAUUGGUAGCUACCACGGUCUUUGCUGCCAUUUACUUUAUAGAUUCCUUUGAGCCUACUGUAUUUCUACAACUGGCAGUAAAGUGUCUACUGGCCCUGGGUCUGGCCACUUUUGUCAUUCAGAAUGGAACAUCAUUACUGAGAAGGUGGAGGAGCAGGAGAGAAAAUGUGCAGGAGCCCAUCCAACACCAAGGGGAAGAGGAAAACUUUAAACAGAAAAUUCAGCAAGAGCACCUUAAAAAGGCAGAGAAUUACAAAACUAGAAUCCUUAUUCCCAGGGAAGAAAGGAAAAGGAGGCAAAAGGAGGAGGAUCUUCAGCAAUUUCUGGGUCCAGCUUGGAAAGGGGAGGGACAACAAUUAGGGGGAUCUCCACAGGAAGGGGAGAGCACUCCUACUGAGGCGGCCAAACACCGCAUCUUACCAGAAAAUAUCAACUCCGAGGCUUCAGAGAGAGCAAAACAACAGGCAGAAAAACAGACAAGGACGAAGCGGAUUAUAGAACUGCCACAAGAACCCGAUGAGAACCAGUCUGACUGCGUGUCUGUCUGUCUGCGAACUCCGCUGGGCAUCAAGCAGCGACGAUUUAACACAGAAAAUACCAUACAGAAUAUCUUGGACUACAUGACCUCCCUGGGCUUCAAUCAGAAAAAUUACACCGUGUCAACCUCCUUCCCUCGGCAGUGUCUGCAACAACAAAGGGAAAGAACUCUGGCAGACAUGGGAUUUACCAAGAAAGUGACAUUAAAUGUGGAAGAAAUAGAGUAGUGCAGAGAUUCAGUCCCAGACAUUUGUUAAACAAUUGUGAUUUAUUGAUUUUUGCUAAUAAUUUUGAGUGGCAUUACAUUUUUUCAUGUUCAUAA